CCACUCCUUAUUUCCUUCACCAUCUCAUCUCUCACACAUACUCAGUGUGAUGAAUCAAAUCAAACCAAUGGCGAUGGAGCCGUGGCACAACCUUGCUGGAAAAGUGGUGUUAGUCACCGGCGCUUCCUCCGGCCUCGGCCGUGAAUUCUGCCUUGACCUCGCUCAAGCCGGUUGUCGCGUCAUUGUUGCAGCUCGCAGGACCGAGCUGCUCCAAUCCCUCUGCAACAAAAUCAACAAUGGUGGCAGCGUCCUUCGCGCCGUCGCGGUGAUGCUCGACGUCUCAGCGGACGGCGCCACCAUCGACAAGUCCGUGCAGAAGGCGUGGGAAGCUUUCGGCCAUAUUGAUGUGUUGAUCAACAACGCCGGUGUUAGAGGCAAUGUGAAAUCAGCUUUAGAAUUGAGUGAGGAGGAAUGGAAUCAAGAGUUGAGAACGAACAUAACUGGUACAUGGUUGGUGUCAAAGUCGGUGUGCAAACGCAUGCGAGAUGCUUGCAGGGCAGGAUCAGUGAUCAAUAUUUCAUCAAUUGGUGGUUUAAAUCGGGGACAAUUGCCUGGAGGUGUUGCAUAUUCUGCUUCCAAGGUGGGCGUCAACAUGUUAACAAAGGUCAUGGCAUUGGAAUUGGGAGCACAUAGAAUCAGAGUGAACUCCAUAUCACCUGGGCUGUUCAAAUCUGAAAUCACAGAAAAAUUAAUGGAGAAAGAUUGGUUGAAUAAUGUGGCCAUCAAAACAGUGCCCUUGAAAAAAUUUGGCACUCCGAAUCCAGCAUUAACAUCCAUUAUUCGUUACUUAAUUCAUGAUUCUUCAGAAUAUGUUUCAGGAAAUGUUUUUAUUGCGGACGCUGGUGCCACCUUACCAGGUCUUCCUAUUUUUUCCUCAUUAUGAAUGAUGGAUGUAUGAUAUCAAUUUUUGCAGGAAUGUUUUCUUAUAGAGUAAAUUACAAUAUCAGAUAUUUAUUUUGUCUA